AUGUCGUCUCAUCGGCCAAAUGCCUUCAAUAGUCUGAGGAUGGGAGAGGUGAUUCGCGAAAAGGUGCAGGAUGGAGUCACCGGCGAGACCCGAGAUCUACAAUACACGCAAUGCAAGAUUGUUGGCAACGGAUCCUUCGGCGUCGUCUUCCAAACAAAGCUCUCGCCAUCGGGGGAGGAUGCAGCUAUCAAGCGCGUACUACAGGACAAGAGAUUCAAGAACCGUGAGCUGCAGAUCAUGCGCAUCGUCAGACACCCCAAUAUUGUCCAACUGAAAGCAUUCUACUACUCCAACGGCGAACGUAAAGACGAAGUUUACCUCAACCUGGUUCAAGAGUUUGUUCCCGAGACCGUCUAUCGAGCUUCGCGGUUCUUCAACAAGAUGAAGACGACGAUGCCCAUUCUCGAGGUCAAGCUGUACAUUUACCAGCUCUUUCGCGCCCUGGCCUACAUACACUCUCAAGGCAUCUGCCAUCGCGACAUCAAGCCCCAAAACCUUCUCCUCGACCCGAACAGCGGGAUCCUGAAGCUUUGUGACUUUGGCAGUGCAAAGAUCUUGGUGGAGAACGAGCCCAACGUCUCGUACAUCUGCUCUCGGUACUAUCGUGCGCCCGAGCUCAUUUUCGGCGCGACAAACUACACAACCAAGAUUGAUGUUUGGUCAACUGGCUGUGUCAUGGCCGAGCUCAUGCUUGGGCAACCGCUGUUUCCCGGCGAGUCCGGCAUCGAUCAAUUAGUGGAGAUCAUCAAGGUGCUUGGUACGCCGACGCGAGAGCAGAUCCGAACCAUGAACCCCAACUACAUGGAGCACAAGUUCCCGCAGAUCAAGCCUCAUCCUUUUAGCAAGGUGUUCCGGAAGGCCGAUGCCAACGCCAUUGACCUCAUUGCUCGACUCCUCGAGUACACGCCGACGGAGAGACAAUCCGCCAUUGAUGCCAUGGUGCACCCGUUCUUCGACGAGCUUCGCGACCCGAGCACCAAGUUGCCCGACUCGAGACACGGCUCUGGCCAGCUUCGUGACCUGCCAGAUCUCUUCAACUUUACUCGCCACGAGCUCUCCAUUGCACCCAAUCUGAACCAGCAGUUGGUCCCUCACCACGUGAGGCCAGGGCUGGCAUCGCGCGGUCUGGACAUUGAAAACUUCACCCCGAUGACGAAGCAAGAAAUGAUGGCAAAACUAGACUGA